AAGCUCAUGCAUGCACCUUCGCAUGCGGGAAAGCAGUUUUUCUCUGAAUAUAUCAGAUGUGCUGACGCGUUUCACUUCUGUGCUAUUUUAUACGCGAGCAAUGGCAAGUUGUGUAUGGCGAGCUUUAUGCCGUCGCAUGAGAGUACUGACGAACCAGCAGAAAAGCGCGGCAAAAGUGGUGAAGUGUGGGGUUCGUGACACGAAAUAAGCACGCGACGUUUGUCCUUAUUUACGACGUUUAUCCUAAUAAAUUUAUCAUGUCAGGAGAGAACGAGGUUGUAUUGAGAUUCGCAAAAUUGUCGGAGAAAGCAUUUACGCCAACGAAGGGAUCAGAAUAUGCGGCGGGAUAUGACUUGCGAAGUGCUUACGAAUACGUCAUACCAGCACGUGGAAAAGAAUUAGUUAAAACUGAUUUACAAAUAGAAGUUCCUCCUGGCACAUAUGGCAGAGUUGCACCACGAUCUGGAUUAGCAUGGAAAAAUCAUAUAGAUGUAGGUGCAGGUGUUAUAGACGCAGAUUACAGCGAGGAAAAUGUAUGGAAGCUCUGUCAAGAUGUAGCGACCAGACACCCGUCUGAACUGCAACAUUGUCAUGUUGCUUUCAUAAGUAAUCCACGACGGAGCGUUCCUCUGUGGCGUCAGCGGGCUGGAAAGGAUGAGGAUAAAUUGGUCGUAUGGGACUACCAUGCCAUUCUCAUCUACGCGCCCGACGAAAGGGCGGUGGUGUACGACUUAGAGAGUUCCCUGCCGUUUCCCACGCACUUCUGGAAAUACGCUACCGAAACCUUCAGGUCCGACGAGGCGUUGCGACCCGAGUAUCAUAGAAGGUUCCGCCUGGUGCCUGCCAGCGUAUACCUGCAACAAUUCGCGUCAAAUCGACAUCACAUGAAACGCGAGGAUGGCACAUGGAUAAAAACACCGCCGGAUUAUCCGCCGAUCUCGACGCCAACGUGCAAGGAUAAUCUCGACUCAUUUAUCAACAUGGAACAAGGAACCGGAUUAGGUGUUGUAAUGAGUUUGAAACAAUUAGUCAACCGAUUUUAUAGGCCAAAUGUUAAUACACAGGCGCCGACGCCGCCUCAGCCGCAAGCUGCAGCGACUUAAUCUGCAGUGUGAUGUUCGUACGCUUCGAUUAAAAAUCUUGGAAAUCAAUAUAUGGCCUAAGGAAAUUGGUUUGGUGUACGCACCUUUGUGGGCUAAAAUAAUUGAUCGAAAUUUGAUAAUAAUGUUAGUUAAUCGCUGCUAACUCUAGCAAAAUUUUAAAUAUAAAGUCGUUGCAGUUGUAUUUCUAUUUGAGCAAUGUUGAGCUGGAACCGAGCAGAUUUUCCAUUUUCUGUACAUUAAACUUAUUGUCGUGCGUGACACUUUCGUCACAUCGUGAGUUUGAAUUUCCAGAUACGCUCUACGCGAUGAUUUAUUCAAUAUUCUCGUAAUUAUUUUCUUCGUCGUGUCACAUCUUGUGUAUAAAUAUUACGUACUACUUGCAUUAUGUAUGACAUGGUGCGCAUCGAUUGUUUACCAUUAAUAUCAUCACAAAUAUUUCAUAUAUUAACGUUGGUUCCAGAUAUAAAUAUUAAAAAUUUCAUAUUUUAUUCUUAAUCAAAACUUACGUAUAUAUAUCGAUAACAGAAACACGCACUUUUGCAAACAUGAUACAGGAUGACAUUUUACUCUUUGGUCAGAAUGGCUUGCGCCGUUUGAAGGACGAUUCUGCUGAGCUGCUUUCUGAAUAAUCUCGAUAAGUGCUUAUCUAUACUAUAUUAAUGGACUCCAUCAAAAUCCAUUUGCUCUCUUCUUCUAAAGCCUUCUCCUUCGCAGAGUUUAUACGGGGUGGGAUACCCCUUUCCGACGACGCAGCAUGUCACAUUCGAUCGCGUUCAAAACUCGAAUCGUGUUUUAUAUAAGUACUGUUUCGUCUUCAUGCCAUAAAGCGAUCUUUCUCACGGCUUUACUCUGUCAGUGGUGUUAUUAUAAUUAUUGUGUCAAAGACUGAUGUAUUUACAGAGAGUUAUCCGACUUGAUCCCUUUGUCUAUCGGCGCGUGUUCGAUGCGCGGGAUGCGAUUAAAGCGCUUAUAAUUACUGUGCGAUCGAUGUAGUAAGGUCAAGAAGUUAAUCUUUGCGACGUAACGUAAUUAUUACAAUUAUUGUAAUUCUUGUGAUACUUUACACUUUCUAUUUUGAAUACCUAUGCUAUACUUAUCUACUGUUUGUACUAAAAGCCGAUUCUUAAGAGAUACAUGUUCGCUUGUUGAGCGACUUCUCUAAUUGGCGUAUUAACACGAAUGGAGACGUGACGUCGGCGCGCGACCAAUUGUUUAACAUCGAAGAACCUAUGGGCUCAGCAACGAACGCACGUUGCUUUAGCGGCGAUAGGAACAAGUUUGCAACGAAAACUUAAAUUCUUUGUCUGUUCUUCAAACGCAAGAUUACGCAAUGUUCUCUUAUCCGUUAAGACUAUUAUAAGCUUGUUACUUUUUCUCUUAUUUUAUUCACAGGAAAUAUUGAAAACUUAAUUAAACUGGUGCACGAUUUAACUUAAUUUUUUUAGAAUAUUUUUUACUACACAUUAUUAAUAUAUCUGCGUUUGCGGAUUGACGAUACUAACUCUUUGCGUUUCAAACACGAGGAGUCGGAUACGAACAAAUGGCGUACAUUUAAACGUUCGCGAGAUUACGGAGCGGCCUUCGUACACCAGAAUAGAGCCGAUCGGCUUGGAUAUGAGUGCGAUAUAAGUUUAAAAAUGCUCGCCAACCGUGGUCGGCGCGACGCAACCUUGGGACGCAAAGGGUUAAGUCGCGUGUUAUGUUAUUAUGCACAUUUUAUCAGAUAUGACAGCCUUGAAAGUUCGCCUUUGUGCGCCGCGGAUUUGCUCCAAGUCUCUCGCGUAUAUUCAGUUUAUAUUAUUUAACGACAAUUUACCGCGUGCACGAAGGUCCCGUUUUCUUGAUGAUAUCUAUACUUCGAUCAUGGCUGUUAAAGAGUUGUAAACAGGGAAGUUUAUCAACAAGCGAUUACUAUAUCGAACUAUCGACUCGCCGCGUGGGUGCUGCGAAUGAUGAUACACUAUUAACACGCGAGAAAGAAUCCACUGGUGUCGAUAGUUUUAAGAGUUCGUCCAUUCUUUGCCUUCCAAAGUCUCUCACUAGUUCACUCUACCUUUCUCAUCGAAAUAUGUUUACCUUUCGAUUCGCAUGUACCAUGUUACUACAUGCGUUAUGUACUUGUAAGCGCGCAGGAGUCUACGGUUUCGAAGUAUCUAGUCACUGAAAAAAGAAAAAAAAAAGAAAACGCUUUAGUGUAAAUCAUGCGACGGCAGUCAUCGCGACGGCAGUCAUCGCGACGGCAAACAGGUUUGUUUUAAUGGAUACGCGUAACAUGUGGGAAAUUCGGGACCGACUUUCUUAGCGAGUAUAAUCUCGAGGAACUUUAUCAAAAGACAAAAAUACCGAAAAAAAGAUUCUCUUUAUCGUUCAGACAAGAUAUUGCUAAAUAUAUCAGAGCAGAAUUAUUACGAUUAUGAUAUAUAUAUAUAUUGUACACGUAUACACACAUAUAUAUAUAUAUCAAUAUUUCAUAUUUAUUAUACGGAUAUAUUGUAAUUAUAUUGUAUCGAUUUCGAUACACCGAUCAGAGUUUAGUCGAAAAUGUUAACUUAUACAAUGUUUUAUAUAUAUACAUAUAUAUAUAUAUAUACAUAUAUAUUUGUCGGCGUUCGGUGACAUAUUCUCUUACCAUUGUCAUUUAAAACCUGUACACGCUCGGACGUAAGGAUCACGAGUCUAUUGCCACGUUUUCGCAUAUUUGCAGAGAAUCAUGGAAACUUCUUUACGACCUUCUCCCUUCGAGUAUAUGAUGGGUUAUUACAAUAAAUGGAUGCACUCCGUUCGUCUCAG